GAGGACCAAAAGAAAAAGAUCCAACUCAAGCACCAGAGACUGAUAGUGAUCAUCAGCCAUCAUGCCGCGUUGCAGAGUGAACCUUAGCACCAUGAUUUUCCUGGUGAUCCUGCAGGGGGCAGCAGUGGUGCUGUUCUGCGGCUGGUACGUCCAGCUCAGUCCCUGCUCCGCCCCCUCCAAUGGAAAAGUCCAUGUUCUGCUGCUGUCGUCGUGGCGAUCGGGCUCAUCCUUUGUGGGCCAGGUGUUCAGUCAGCACCCAUCUGUCUUCUAUCUCAUGGAGCCUGCUUGGCAUGUGUGGACCAAACUGCAGAAACCUGGUGCACGGGCGCUUCGGAUGGCGGUGAGGGAUUUAUUAAGGAGUGUGUUUCAGUGUGACUUGUCUGUGAUGGAGGCCUACCUGCCGGAGCACCACAAUGUCUCCUCCUUGUUUAUGUGGAGUCAUAGCAGAGCCCUGUGCUCACCGCCGGCCUGUCCUCUCACACAACGCAACCAGUUCAGCAACCAGACUCGGUGCUUCCAGACAUGUGAUACAAGGGGCCUGCAGAGGGCAGAGGAGGCCUGUGGCACUUAUAGUCACGUGGUACUAAAAGAAGUCAGAUUCUUUGAGCUGGAAUCCCUCUACCCACUCCUGCAGGACCCAAGCUUAGAUGUCCGCAUCAUCCACCUGGUCCGAGACCCUCGGGCCGUAGUGCGAUCUAGAGAAGAGUCGGCCAAAGCCUUUGUGGGUGAUAAUGCCAUUGUUUUGGAGCAGAGAAGCAUUCCAGCUGCCGAGGUGCAGUAUCAAGUCAUGCAGGAGAUCUGCCGUAGCCACGUACGCAUUAAUGAGAGGGCUAUCCUGAAGCCCCCUCCGUUUCUUAAAGGGCGUUACAAAAUGGUGCGCUAUGAGGACGUGGCACGCAACCCACUUGAGGAGAUAACUGCCAUGUAUGACUUUGUAGGUCUGGAGAUGACCGCGCAGCUGGAGGAAUGGAUCUACAGGGUGACUCACGGGAAAGGCAAAGGAACAAGGAAAGAGGCUUUCAAAAUCACUUCACGAAACGCUGCCGAUGUCUCCCAGGCUUGGCGUACCAUGCUGCCACAUAAUAAGGUCAAACGUAUUCAGGAAGUGUGUAAAGGGGCCAUGUCAAUGCUGGGGUACAGGACAGUUAGCAAUGAAAAAGAACAAAAGAGACUUGACUUAGAUCUACUAGUGCCACGGGAACCAUAUCAGUUCAGCUGGUUGCCAGCUAAAACAGAGGUUCCUAGUAAAAGUUAAAAUUACAAUACUCCAGUAUUUCAAUGACAAAGACAUUAUGAGACUGCAUUGGAUUGGAGUCUAUAUUCUUUAUAGGGUUUAUAUAAGUGCUGAUCUAAAGAGGGCUACCACACAGCUGAGGGAACUGGCCUGAUGUCUGAAGUUUAAGCAUUAUGGAACAAUUGUACAACCUGAAUUGGCCCAACCCUGUACUUACAGCUCUUUUCAAAUGAUGCUAGAGCUAGCAUUACAUUGUAAUUGUGAACCAGCCACAAAUAACUCUUAAUUUGUAUGGCCACAAAUGCAAAUAAUUGGGCUGGAAACAGAAGGAGUAGAACAAAUAUUUACCAA